CGCUGCCGCCUCUCACUAUAUUGCAGGGAUCCUCGGAGCGGUUUGCCCCCUCUUUCCUCUGAGUUUCGUCGAGUGUUUACCGCUAAGUGACUCGGGCCGGGGAGACAUGGCUGGAUAUCUGAAAGUCCUCAGCUCUCUUUCGAGGUCUGCAGCUGCUGCUUUUUCCAGAAACCCUGCGGUGCUCGCGCCGGCUGCAAACUGCCAGACUUUACAACAAAGAAACUAUGCAGACAAACGCAUCAAAGUGGCCCAGCCGGUGGUGGAGAUGGACGGAGACGAGAUGACCAGGAUCAUCUGGGAGUUCAUCAAAGAAAAGCUCAUCCUUUCCAAUGUUGACGUUGAGCUGAAGUAUUAUGACCUGGGUCUGCCGUACCGUGACCAGACUGAUGACCAGGUCACCAUCGACUCUGCCCUGGCUACUAAGAAGUACAGUGUGGCGGUCAAAUGUGCCACCAUCACACCCGACGAAGCCAGAGUGGAAGAGUUUGGCCUGAAGAAGAUGUGGAAGAGCCCUAAUGGAACAAUCAGGAACAUCCUGGGCGGCACAGUCUUCCGUGAGCCAAUCAUCUGCAAAAACAUUCCCAGGCUUGUACCAGGCUGGACGCAGCCCAUCACCAUCGGCAGACACGCCUUUGGUGAUCAGUACAGAGCAACAGACUUUGUUGUGGAUCAGCCGGGCAAAUUCAAGAUUAUCUUCUCACCUGCUGAUGGUAGCGCAAACAAGGAAUGGGAGGUCUAUGACUUUCCUGCUGGUGGCUGUGGAAUGGGCAUGUACAACACAGAUGAGUCUAUUACAGGCUUUGCACACAGCUGCUUCCAGUAUGCUAUUGCCAAGAAGUGGCCCCUGUACAUGAGCACAAAGAACACCAUUCUUAAAGCCUACGACGGCAGAUUUAAAGACAUCUUCCAGGAUAUCUUUGAAAAGAACUACAAACCUGAGUUUGACAAACUGAAGAUCUGGUAUGAGCACAGGCUUAUUGAUGAUAUGGUCGCCCAAGUGCUUAAGUCCUCUGGAGCCUUUGUGUGGGCUUGCAAGAACUACGAUGGAGAUGUUCAGUCCGAUAUCCUCGCACAGGGCUUUGGCUCUCUGGGACUGAUGACAUCAGUUCUUGUGUGCCCCGACGGCAAGACUAUUGAGGCUGAGGCUGCCCACGGCACUGUGACCAGGCACUAUCGCGAGCACCAGAAGGGAAGGCCGACCAGCACCAACCCCAUUGCCAGCAUUUUUGCCUGGACCAGAGGCCUGGAGCAUCGUGGCAAACUCGAUGGCAACCCUGACCUCAUUAAGUUUUCCCAGACACUGGAGAGGGUGUGUGUUGAGACUGUUGAGAGUGGUACGAUGACCAAGGACCUUGCAGGCUGUAUCCAUGGCCUUCGCCAAGUAAGUGUAUUUGUGACUUAGUGAUUUAGUUUUCUGAGUAAAUUUAGUUUAACAGUGCAGUUGAUAAUGAAGCGCUGACUGCUCUCUCUAUCUCUAUUGCUCAUUAUCUACACAGAUGAUGAUAAUAUGCACUCAAUAGACAUUUAAUUAGAUACACCUAUUUUUUUGCCAGUAUUAGUUUUCUCUCCAAAUGGGCUUGAGUUCAUCAUUGAUUCAGCAAUGUGCUGGAAAUAUCCAAUAGGGAUCGCAGCAUGUCCAUGAAAGCGCACCCAUAAGAUGUUCAGUUUGAAUGGAGUCAUCAGUACGUCAAAUGGCAAACUUUAAAUGUCUUGGGUGUACUGCAUGGUUACAUAAACAACAUGUUUUACCUGGGAGGCUUGUGAAGGCGUAAGGAAGGGUCUGGCCCGGGAGACCACUAAAAAUAAAGAGUGGAAAGCUCUUGGUACCUACGGGACAUCAAACCUAAAAAAGAAUACAAAGCUUGAGCAAAACUGUCGUGGAUAUAAGGAUCCUGCUUGUGCUGGACAUUCGUGUAAAUAUUCUGCAUACCAAAAACAAAAUAGCAAGUCAUUAAAAGCAGUGAAGGUCUAAUAUUUCAUUGAUCUAUGACAGGUAAUAUGAUUAAAAAUGUAGCCAAGUUGACUUUUUUAAUGGCAAAAAUACCAAACAUAACCAUGAAUACAGCCAUGAUUUUAAUUGUGAAGAUGUGCUACUAAUUGUAAAUUAAACAUCUUUGUGUUUUGGACUGUUGGUUGGUGAAAACAAGAAAUUUGAAGAUGUCACCUUGGCUUCUGAAAAAUUAUACUUAUUUCACUACUGUCUGAUGUUUUAUAAACAAACCGAUUCAAGAAGAUAAUCUGCAGAUUCAUCAGUAAUACAAAUAAUCAUUAGUUGUGGACCUAAUUUGAAGUAUGUAUCCAUUUAGUCCAUGGAGCGUCUUUAUGUUUUGGGACAUUAAGCCUGUAAUGGCACCCAAAAAUGAAUAAUGUUUGGUGCUUUUACUGGCAGAUUUCCUUCUUUUAACUUCAGAUGAAAAUAUUCCCUUUGAUUAAACCACUACCAUCAGUCUGAAACACUUACGUAAGACAGGGUUUUUCUUACCCUGAUUCUGAUCUGCCAGCAUGUAAUACAGGUUGGGAACUUGAAACCAUGUCCCAAACAUGCCCUCAUCUUUGAGCAUGUUUGAGCAGUAUUAUACCUCUGCCAGAGAAGUAUUUUUGUUCUUUUUUUUGUCUGUUUGCCGAAUAUCUUGAAAAUGUUACCGAUAUCAGUGAAUUUUGGUGGAAGGGGAGCCCGCGGUCUGAGGAAAAAAUUGAUUUGUGCUUUGUUGCAGAUAAAAAUGUGAAUCCAAGAGAUUUUAAAGGAUUCGUACUAUCAUGAAAUAUUUAAGAAUGCAUUUUCCUGAUUUCAAAUGCGCAUGAAUGGAGAAGAACAGACUGCACGUGUUGCAUGAUUGUCCAUCUAAAUCCAGGUACAUAUGGAAAUUAAAAAAACAUUUUCACUAAACCCUUACUCAAGGUUUGGGUGGCCCUGGUGGAGGUACUGUAUGUGCUGUCUUGUUCACCAACUUGUUUCCCAUCUUUUUCUUUUUAAGCAUUUUUUUUCAUCCAUUAGACAUUGCAGCUCAACAAUCUGCCAAUGAUUGGAUGUUAUUUUUGUCGUUGAAGGCACUAUUCUCUGGAAACUAGAGACCUGCAAAUACAGGAGGACUGCUGUUUCUUUGAAUAAUACAGCUGUCAUGUAGUCAUACUGUGUUUUAAGAAAGUAGCUGAUAACAUGCAUCUUGGAAGUCCUUAUGUUAAUGUAAUAAUGAUACUGCUUUUAUUAACCAACAACAUGAAUUAACUCUAAACGGUCAUAAUAAAAACAUUAGUGCUUCUAUUACUUUUUUGUUUUAUGUUUUUGUUUCCUAAAGGGAAGUAUUGAAUUUUCUGAUCUGCUCUGUCUUGUCUUGCCCCCUCAGUGUCAAGCUGAAUGAGCACUACGUCAAUACUACAGACUUCCUCGACGCCAUCAAGACAAAUCUGGAUAAAGCCCUUGGCAAGUGAAGGACUUGAAAGAGUAUAGUCAGCCUGGAGAUGGCAAUGUCACUCUUCUGUUUUUGUACCUCAUUUUUAACUUAAAAAGGUCAAUAAAUCCACUUGCAUUUCACCUGAAGGAGAAAAAAAUGUACUGUCUAUAGGAUUAUGUAUUAUUCUAUUAGGUUAUUAAACAGUUGAGAGAUGUCCUUCCACCUGAUGCCUCCCCCACAUUCUGUCCCCUUAUCUGCAAGGUUUUAUUUUUGUAAUGUGAAGUACUGUAUUCAAUACUAUGUAAUGCCUUGUGCAGGACUGAUAUCUGAUAUUUGUAUAUGACGCUGUCAUAUACAAAUAUCAACAUAUUUGCCAAUAAAUUCCUUGUUUGACCCACAA